CUUCAUCUUUUUACUCAAUGUGCGAUUGAGACACAUGCUCAUUUCCUCAAAAACUAGCGUAGUCUACAGUUGAUGCCUGUUGGUGUGUUAAAAGAAUCUAAAGUUCUAUCAUAUGAUAUACGUUGGUGUUAUUACUGAACGUUUCGUGUGACAAGGGGCGCGCAUUGCGCAACUCCAAGCGAAAAUCAACGGUGACGGCUGGGUGGUGUGAUAAUCGGUGGUAAUUGUAUGGAGAUUGUGAAAGUACACGUAAAUCUUAAAAGUUGAAAGGAAAUAAUCAAACAGUAAUAUCGAAAUAUAAAAAAAAUAUGAAGAAACGAAUGGGCGGUUCGGACGGCAACAGUUCGGCCGAUGAAAGUGGCGCUGAAUCUCAAAGUGCAACCAAUAGCAAUGCUGCCUCCGCAAAAUCAUCGAAACCACGUAAUUCUUCGUCCAUUUCAAAAGAUAAAGGACUGGACGAAUACGCUGAAACGUUCGUGAUUGUAAAUGAACGGCCAGUAGAUGAUAUUUCACUUGAUUUCUUUUAUAAACCGCAUACAAUAACACUAUUUGCAAUAUCUGUACUAUGUAUGAUGUUCUUUGCCUAUGUCAGAAAUGAAACAAAUAUUGAGGAUAACAUUUGGGCUGGAAUCCUGUGUGCGGUCUUUUUCUUCUUAAUCAUCUCGUUAUUGGCGUUCCCGAACGGUCCAUUCACCCGUCCACAUCCGGCAGUAUGGCGUAUUAUAUUCGGCUGUUCGGUGUUAUACCUGCUAAUGCUACAGUUUUUCAUGUUCCAAAAUUACAAAACGAUCAUGAAUAUAUUCUACUGGCUGGACCCGAAAUUGGAACACUUCCACAUCAACAUGGAAAAGGAAUAUGGUGCCAAUUGCUCAGAUCUGAGCUUUGAUCGCAUAUACAGCACAAUCGACGUAUUCGCGUGGGGACACUUUCUCGGUUGGGCCUUUAAGGCUGUGCUCAUACGCCACGCUGGCAUUUUGUGGGCCAUCUCAGUUAUGUGGGAGAUAACAGAAAUCACUUUCGCGCAUUUGCUGCCAAAUUUCGUUGAGUGUUGGUGGGAUGCGCUCAUCUUGGACGUGCUCAUUUGCAAUGGCCUUGGCAUUUGGGUGGGUUUGAGAAUUUGCAAAGCGCUUGAAAUGCGUGAAUAUAAAUGGGCGAGCAUUAAGGAUAUCUCAACGACUACGGGUAAAAUUAAGCGUGUUGUCUUGCAAUUCACACCGGAAAGUUUUACAUCCAUACGAUGGCUGGAUCCAAAAUCGACAGCGAUGCGUUUUGCAGCUGUAUGUCAGCUGGUUAUAUUUUGGCAGGUGACUGAACUCAACACAUUCUUCCUGAAGCACAUAUUUGAAAUGCCACCAGAUCAUUACCUUGUCGUUGGACGUCUGGUAUUCAUUGGUCUCGUCGUAGCGCCCUCAGUGAGGCAAUACUAUACCUACGUGACGGACACGCGUUGCAAACGUGUUGGCACCCAAUGUUGGGUGUAUGGCGCUAUUAUGGUCUCAGAAGCAAUACUUUGCCUGAAGAAUGGCAAAGAACUAUUCGAACGUACACAAGGCAUUAAUAUUGUCUUGUGGCUAAUUACACAAGUUAUCUUAUCCGUGGCCUUUGUUUACGGUUGCAUGUUGUGGCAUCGUGCGCAAGACAAGUAUAAUAAGUCAACAGAAUCGCCGAGCAAAAAGGGCAAAACACAAAAUGCUAAUAAUUCGCCAAAGCACGAACAAAAAGAUCACAACCAAUUUUUGCACCUAUUAAAGUUCACCUUAUAUCUACUACGUGAGCCAAGUCUCGAUGAAGACUUAGACGAUAUUAAAAUAAAAAUUGUAUAAUCAUAAUUAAUUCAAUUAGAAAUUUAUGGAGUUAUCUUGCUCUAAAUGUAGCUGCUUUAUACGUCCGAAUUUCAUUUUGCUACAAAAUUUCGACUAUUCAGUGUUUAUGCAAAGUAUAUCUGAUACUUGUAUAUGUAUGGAGAUCUAAAAAUUAGUGUCUAAGCAUAAACUAUUCGGAUACUCUUCCUUAAAAUCAUACUUUAUAUUUUGAUAUAAUUUCGCUUUGUCCAACCUUUAUUUGAUUUAUGUU